UGUAAUGGUGAGGAAAGCGGUGCCGAGUAUCGUCCGUCCCUUCCGUACUACGCCCCCCCAGCCGACCGUGGAAGGAGCUAUUGCCCUUUCUGCGCCAAAAUAGUCACCAUCAAUCUCCACACGACGGUCAAGACGCUCGGUCAGACGGGAUCGCUGUUGAACAUGUACGAAGGUACUGGCACUGCAGGCGAUGAUGCACAGCGGCGAAGUUAGUUUCGAUAGAGCCAUGACUAUUGCAGCGCGGUGGAGGACCAUGGGCGGUCGUAUCACGCGUAUCAGCGAAUCGCCAGCCGAGUCGUCCAGGCAUCCCGAGCCUCCCGUUGGCAUGGAGCGAAGGGGCGUGUUUGAGAUGUCGCUCCUCACACCGACAUCGUACCGAUGCUAUAGUUUUACGGGUGGUGGAUGGCUACUAACAAGCAUCUGGAAUGCAUCCAUGCUUGGUGAUUGCAAGCGUUUGCCAUCCAUGUGUUAUGUAGACGCGAUUACGUGGGCAGCUCUUUUUUUGCAAGUGAGUGACGGACCGAGGAAAGCGCGACGGGCACCCCCUGCACAUGUACGUAUGACGGCGCUCGCUUUGCUAAGCUCCACCGUUCCAUCAACAACCUCAUUGCAUUGCGAAGCAGGAUCACCGGCGGCACAGACUCUGCUCAGUGCUAUCGAUAGAUUACGGGCUGCGUAUCCCUUGCUGCUCUGGCCAUAUUUCCGUCACGGUUUCACGGUUAGCGCUGCUAGCCAAGCAGGCGACUCGAUAAGCAAUCAUGCUUCACGACGCCGGUGCUAGUUGGACGGGUCAGCAAUGGCAACCUUGGAACUGGAUGUCGUUUGCAAGAUUUGCCAGACUUGCAACACAGGCGUCCGGGACAGGUGGAUGCACCAAGCAAGCCGCAUGCCCAAGCAGCAGCUAUGGCCAGCCUGAUUGAUGGGCAGCGUGAUGGAAUGCAGAAUGCAGCAACUGAGGCGCGCGCAAUAGCCCGAUUCGUGUUUCGUCAGGGGCGUUGCAAAAUGGCGGUUCUGCAGUGCAGAUUGCCUCAACUUGGAUUGCACGCAACACAUGGCCGGCCUCAAUAACAACAGUUCGUCUAGCGUCGGGGGUGCAUCAUACUUGCCAUUCGCCGGAAGCAUCGGAACCGAGGGCUGCAGCGGUCGAGCUCCACAUGAUUGGAAGUCACGAA